ACCCGUCCAUUCUCUCGAUCCCCAUCUCACCCACGAAACCUAAACCUAGCAGCGGCGGCGACUCGCUAAUGGGCUGCGGCGGCGGCGGUUGCGGCGGCCGGCGGUGAGGUGGAAAUAUGGCGGCGGGGCGGCGGGGCCUGUGAAGCGCGUCAGUGGCUGGCUGGCUGGGCACGGGAGCGACAGCAGCGACGACUCGCUCAUGGGCUGCGGCGGCGGCGGUUGCGGCGGCCGGCGGUGAGGUGGAACUACGGCGGCGGGGCGGCGGGACCUGUGAAGCGCGUCAGUGGCUGGCUGGCUGGGCACUGGAGCGACGGCAGCGGCGAUUCAGGCGGCGGCGGCCUUGACCCACGACAAGGAGCUCGAUUGCCGGAGGACAGUCAAAUGGAUCCUGGAGAUGUGCUAUUCAUCAGAUUUCAUUUUGAAGGCCAGUUUUUGAAUGAUGGGAAAACACUUGAAUAUAGUGGGGGGAAAGAGGCCAUGUCAUUGGUUUAUCGCAAGAACUUCUGUUUUUUUGAUCUGGUUCAGAGUUUUGGUAUGCACUGCCAAACAAAGGAUGACAAGAUGUUUCAUUGGUUAUAUCCUGGAAAAGAGAUGGUUUGUGGUCUGAAAAUGGUUGCUUUAGACACCGAUUGCAAGCAGAUUAGAGAUUGUGUUGCUGUUGGAAGUAUAGCUGAAAUAUAUGUGGAGUUAUAUCCAAAUUCUGAAAACGACGAACAUGACAGGGAACCAGGCAGAGACGUUGAGCUUCUGAUGGGUCCGAUUGCUAGUAGUGAAUCAGAGGGAGCUGCAGAUCAUUUUGUCGCAUUGGCUACUUGUCCACCUACGGACAAUGAUUGUGUUUUAAUGAGUAACUCAAAAGAGCCUGAAGAGGAAAAUUCAGAUGCUGCGCAUGAAAAUUCAGAAGAAGAUGAAGACGAGGAUAGCAGCGAGAGUGAUUACUGCCCUGAUGAUGACAUCAUUUCCGAUGAAGAUGAAGAGGCUGUCGAGAUCAACAAGAAAUAUAAGGAGUAUAAGGCAAAGAUGAAGGCUGGACAGCUCACCUUGAUAAUGCUAUGCUGGAUGGUGGGCCUGCAAUAGGGUCCUCAAAUAAGGUGGGGGGGGGGGGGGAAAUGAUGGAAAUGGUACUGCAUAUGAAGAUAGCUCUGAUUUGUAUGAUUCUUUCAAUGAGAUUGGCAGUGAUGGUGAAGUAAAGACAUUCAAGUCUAGAUAUAGAAGGUUCAAGGACAAAGGGGAUGUACCAGAAUUUACUCUUGGUAUGAAGUUUGAUGGCAAGGAAGAAUUUAGGCAAGCAAUUAUCAGAUAUGGUCUACAUCACAAGUGGCUGGAUGCAAGGAAAGGUCAAUAUAGCAGAAUAUUUGACUAUCAGUUGGAGUUGUUAAGGAGUAACCCAGGUAGCACAGUAGUGGUUAAAUUGGAACCAAAUCAAGUGAAGCCUAUCUUCCAAAGGAUAUAUAUCUGCUUAGAGGCAUGCAAAAAAGGGGUUCAUGGAUGGCUGUAGGAAGGUUAUUGGACUUGACGGCUGCUUUUUCAAGGGAGCAACCAAUGGAGAGCUUUUAUGUGCCGUAGGGAGGGAUGCCAACAACCAGAUGUACCCUUUGGCAUGGGCAGUUGUUGAAAAAGAGAACAAUGAUAGUUGGGAUUGGUUUUGUUCUUUACUUUUCAGAGAUGUGAAUGUGCUAGAUGGUGAAGGUUGGGUGAUUAUAUCAGAUCAACGAAAGGGUAUCAUCACCGCAGUUUCAAACUGGGCACCGAGGGCUGAACAUAGGAAUUGUGCCAGGCAUAUUUAUGCCAACUGGAGGAUGAAGUUCAAGAACAAGGAAUGGCAGAAGCCAUUCUGGGCUUGUGCAAAGGCUGCAAGUGUAAGUUUUUUCAACUAUUGCAGAGCCAAGCUUGCUCAACUUACUGUCCUUGGAUCUAGAGCAAUGUUAAAAACUGAUCCAAAGCAUUGGUGUAGAGCAUGGUUCAAAUUAGGUAGCAAUUGUGACUCUGUCGACAAUAAUAUGUGCGAAAGUUUUAACAAGUGGAUAGUAGAAGCUAGGUUUCUCCCAAUUCUUUUCAUGCUAGAGACAAUUAGGAGAAUGGUGAUGGUUAGAAUACAAGAGAACAGAGACAAGUGUGAGAAAUGGGAUGAUCCUAUAUGUCCCAAUAUAAACAAGAAAUUAAGCAAGGCCAUCGAUGUAUCUGGUAUAUGUCAUGCAGUUAGCAAUGGAAAUAACUGUUUUGAGGUGCAACAUGGAUCUCAAAGGUUUACAGUUGAUCUCAAUCAAAUGACCUGUAGCUGUAGGUAUUGGCAGUUAUCUGGUAUAGUUUGUGCUCAUGCCGUCUCUGCAAUCCAUCAACACACCAAUCAGUUACAUGGUUAUGUGGCUAGUUGCUACUCAGUGGAAGCAUUCAAGAAAACCUAUGCAUAUUGCCUGCAACCAGUUGAAGGACCCCAAGGUUGGCCGGAAUCAGACAAGCCUAAACCACUAGCUCCUGGAUAUGUUAAGAUGCCAGGAAGGCCUCGGAAAGAGAGAAAAAGAGAGGGUACUGAAAAACCAAAAGCUACCAAAGUUUCGAGGGUUGGAACUUUGAUUAGAUGCAGGAAAUGCAAGUGCACUGGUCACAAUAAAACUACAUGUCCAGGAAAUGCCGCUUCGAGUUCAAAUGGACCAGCUACUAUUGGACAAAAUGCAGCUUCAGGAAAUGCAACUUCAGGAAAUGCCGCUAGAUCAUUUACCAAGUCCAGAAGCAAUGCAAAAGCCUCCAAGAUGUCUACUUCCAAGGCAAAUGUGAAAACAUCCCAACAAAGCACCAGCCGAAAAAGAGCAGAUACAACUGAUGAGAACCUUGGUCCUGUGCAAAAGAGGGCAAAUAAAUCCCUAGGACUGCCUAAGCACAAGAUGAAGGCUUCCUCCAAUAUUGCUGUAAAAAAUGUGACAGCAAACGUGCAGUCUAGCUCAUCAUUUACAGUCAAUGUUACAUCUGGUGCUGCAACUUCUCAAGUUGGAGGAAAUAAAAGAGCAAAAUAAGUCCCAGCAAAACUACUAGACUAGUACUGAUGUUGCCUUGUGGUUAUGUCAGAAUUCAUGUUUGUGGUUGCUUGUAAGACUAAUCAGUACUAUCUCCUAUUUGCUUUGUUAGACUUUGAGAAAUUCCCUUGUGGUUUGCUUGUAAGACUAAUCUGUACUAUGCUUGUGGUUAUGUCAGACUAUGUUUGUCAUGCAA